UAUUUGGCGGGACCGCGCUUAGACGGCGUCGUCUGUGCUCCUCGUAAGUCUGUCGUGUAGUGAACCGCAAAGGCUCUCGUCGCAUAAUGGCUGGCGGAAAGGCGGGCAAGGACUCUGGCAAAGCGAAGGCGAAAGCGGUCUCUCGUUCGGCGAGGGCCGGCUUGCAGUUUCCUGUUGGCAGAAUUCAUAGGCAUUUGAAAAACAGAACCACAAGUCACGGUCGAGUUGGUGCUACCGCGGCAGUAUACAGUGCAGCAAUCUUGGAAUACCUUACUGCCGAGGUACUAGAAUUGGCAGGGAAUGCAUCAAAAGAUCUGAAGGUUAAACGUAUCACACCAAGACAUCUUCAACUUGCAAUUCGUGGUGAUGAAGAAUUAGAUAGUCUCAUUAAAGCAACCAUUGCGGGAGGAGGUGUUAUUCCACAUAUCCACAAAUCGUUGAUUGGCAAGAAGGGUUCACAGAAGCCAGCAUAAUUUAGUGAAUCAUUCAGGAACAUUUGAAGCUAUGUAGGCAAAAAAAACAAGAGAUGCGAAAAAGCAGAGUGAUUGUUGACAAAGUGUACCUAUGUUAUUAAAUUGAUGGCGAGACUGGCGUGAUAUAAAUAUAUAUAUAAAUAUAUAUAUAUAUAGAUAUAUAGAUAUAUAAAUAAAAACAAAUAUUGAUAUAA